AUGGCAAAACUUCUAACUAUAAUAUUAAUCUCCGUGGUAGUCCACUUUGCAAGAGUCUCAGCCUUGCUGGGGACUGAUGAGGUUCUUCCAGCUUUGCUUCGAACCUGUCUCAACAACACAGGAGCCAAUGUCGUGUAUCCUGGUGACGCACGGUACCACAAGCUAUCAUACCCACAGAAUGCAAAUUAUCAAACACAUCCGGAGGCUAUUGUGAUACCCGCCCUAACCGAGGAGGUGGCAGCAACGAUGCGGUGCAUGGCCGCCGAGAAAGGGAACAUUAAGCUCAGUGCUCGAGGAGGGGGUCAUAGCUAUGCUGCAUAUGGUUACUCAGGCCAGGUCAUUCUCGACCCAAGCCAAAUGAGGGCCAUUUCUUUUGACGACGAGAGAAGGGAGGUGACGGUACAAUUCGGUCAAACCUUAGGCCCCUUAGCAAUGGCAAUGGGCCGGAAAGGAUAUGCUCUGCCUCAUGGUACCUGUCCUACAGUUGGGGUGGCAGGGCAUUCCUUGGGUGGUGGCUGGGGCUUUCCUUCUCGGAAAUGGGGCUGGCUUGUUGACCGUAUUGUGUCCGUGGAGUUCGUCGACAUCAGCGGCAAUAUCAGGUGGCUCAAUUCAAGCUCAACGGGAAACGAUGCGGACUUGUGGUGGGCACUACGAGGUGCAGGGUCCAAUAAUUUUGGCAUUGUCACUUCAUUUAUCUUUGCAAUGGAAAAGGCUCCAACUUCCAUCGUGAACUACGAGCUAUAUUUUGGUUCUGAGUCUGACUGUACACAAGUACUGUUGGAAGUCCAGAAGACGGGAAUGCUGCCUGCUGAUCAUCCCAACGGUCUUCCUCUUGAGCUAGGGAUGGAAGUACUUUUAAUCGGUCGCACCGCUGCGGAUGAGACCGCCUGCAUACUUUCUGGCCAGUAUAUGGGUAACAAAUCUGCAUUUUCACGUAUCAUCAAGAGGCUCCUAGACAAGCUUGCGACCAAAGGAAUAGUACCGCUGGAGUCUGAGUCGCAUGUUAGAGAGUUUAGGGACUGGCUUGCCGCCCUCACAGACCUCAUGGGCCCUCUAGAUGCAACGACCGAUCCCCUUCCCUACUACGGUCAGUCCCUCAUGGACAAUGGAACCCCUAAUUAUAAGAAACAACAGGUGGUCCAUGUCUUCGAUGCACUUCGGGCUGCAAGGAGUAUUAAGGGCUCAGAGAACGAUGUGUCCUUUGAUUUACUCGGACCAAGCUCAAGAACUAAUCUUCCACCUGUCACCGGCAAUAUGUCAUAUGCCCAUCGCCGAAGUCUAUUCCUUGUUCAGAUCUACUCAGCCUACUUCCCGGGGUUUGGUGAUCCUAUGACUCGCUCGGAUGCGCUCGGAAAGAUAACCAAUAUUACAAAUGCCAUAAAGAAGGCCAGACCUGAAAGUGAAUGGCAUGCCUAUCAGAACUAUAUUGAUCCCUAUUUAGCGGAUUUUGGGCAUGCAUACUAUGGUUCAGAGCUCGAGCGCUUGAAGUUACUCAAGUCUCUCGCAGAUCCUACUCUAAUCCUUGACUUCCCUCAGGGGUUGGGCCGUGCGUGA